AUGGCGUCGGCCUGCAAAAAGCUGAAUCAUUCGUGGACAUCCUGCAUCAUUCUCACUGGGGGCACCCCAUACCGACAGUUGCUUGAAACCCACUACACCUUGCUCCUCAGAUGCAAGAAGAGCACUCCACUGACUCCUGAAGAGGAGGAAAUCUUAAAUAAGAAGCAUUCAAAGGAGACCCAGAAGAAAUAUGAUGAGUGGAAGAAUGCCAAGAUCAGCGGCAUCCUGGAGGAGCAAUUUCAGCAGGGAAAGCUGCUUGCUUGCAUCACCUCCAGAGCCGCACAGUGUGGCUGAGCAGAUGACUAUCUGGAAGGCAAGGAACUGGAAAUCUACCUGAGGAAGAUCAAGGCCAGGAAAGGCAAAUAA